AUGGAGGAAUAUUUGUUAUCGGCAUAUAAUAAAUUCGAAUCCAACAAAUAUAAAAAUAUAACAAUAGUUUUAGGUAACGAAAGCUGUGAUCUAGAUUCUGUAGUUAGUUCUAUAGUUUAUGCUACUUAUUUGAAUUGGAAAAACACCAGUGACAACAACAUUCAGGAAGAAUUAUUUAUACCCAUCCUAGAUGUGGAUCGGGAGGAUUUACCAUUAAAAACUGAGGUUGCUUUUUGUUUAAAUAAGCAUGGUAUUUCACAGGAUAAAUUAAUUUUUAGGAAUGACAUAAAUUUUCAAGAAUUGGUAAAUUUAAAAAAAGUUAGAAUAGUUCUGGUCGAUCAUCAUAUUCUAUCAGAGAAAUUUUGCUUUUUGGUGCAAUAUGUUCAAGAGAUAUUUGAUCACAGACCGCUGGAUAAUACGAAAUGGAGUUAUAAGGAAGAUGUAGUGCACCAAAUUGAAGUCAUAGGCUCAUGUGCCACUUUGAUUGGUCAAAAAAUAAAAGAUUCUCAUGAAAAUGAUUUUUUUAUAAUAUAUCCUCAAUGUGCAAAGUUAUUACAUAAUGUAAUAAUAUUAGAUACAGUGAAUUUUUCAAAAGAGGUGAAUAAAGGGACACCGCUUGAUGAACAAAUUGUUUUGUAUUUGGAAAAUGUCCUUAACCCUGUUGAUUCUGAGAAGGAGAGAAAAACCAUCCUGGAUGACUUAUUACGGGCUCGAAGCGAUGUUUCGCAUUUGACGCCAUCACAACUUCUAAGAAAAGACUUGAAAAUUAUUAAUGACGUUCUUGUACCAAGUUUUCCCAUACUUGUAAAGGAUUUCCUACAAAAAUCUAAUGCGUUAGAGUCCGUAAAAGAAGCCCUAAUGUUCAAAAAGUGCACCAUCGCUUUACUUCUUGGUAUGGAUCUUAGAGAAGGCCUGAGGAGAGAUGGGCUUGUCUUAUCCUUGGAAGAGAAAAAAGGAGAAGAAUUCACAAAGUUUCUUCAGAACUGGACGAAUCCUGCUUUGGAACUUGUGUUAGAUCCGGAGAUAAAUAAAUUAUAUUUCAAACAAAAUAACUUAUCCGCUUCAAGAAAACAAUAUGUACCUGCAGUAUGUGAAUUUGUAAAGAAGAAAUGUUAUAUAAACAAA